AUUACUUAGCAAAAACAAAUUCAAAUAUCUUCUUGAUAAUAUAAAUACAUAUUUCUGAUAGUAAGGUCAGUAAAGCCAGUAAUCGUAUCGUAGUUCUAAAUAGGCGCAUUUAUAGAGAAGCUAUUAAAUAUUUUAUCAAUAUUAAAAAACAUGUUGAGGGAAACAGUUGUCUUGUUGUCGUUGUUUUGCGUCGCUUUCGCGGCCCUUGCAUUCGCGCCCUUGGAGGAAAAGCCUAAGAGGUUCGAGGGCACAGAAGGAUGUUACAUCUCGAAACUGGACGCGGUGAUACCGUUCGGUAAAGCGGCGCCCUCUAAGGACAGCUGUAUGGAGUACCGUUGCGGCAAGACGCGUGUGCGGCUUGUCACUUGCGGCACCGUAGUGGUGACACCGCCAUGCUACACGGUGCAAGACCUGAGCAAGCCGUACCCCGAGUGCUGUCCCCAAAUGCGUUGUGGUAACAGGCACUAAUGCACCCUUAACAGCUAUCUUAGUACUAUAUUUAUGAUACUCGGUUGAAGAUAAUUUUAAUAAAAAUAUCCUACUUUAA